GAACCUUUGCAUUGCGGUGAUGUGUUCGUCGGAAGGUGUUUUACCGCCCUCUCCUCUCCUCGUGCUUCCGGCGCUCGCUCACCGCGGAGAUGACUUUGAGUCUGAGGAAUAUUCUUCUCCGCGCCGCGGGAGCGCGUUUAUCACUAAACACGGAGAAACGUUGUGUGGUUCCGGCACUGAAGCGCUUCCAGAGCUCCAGCAGCAUCAUCUAUCCUGCCAGUUAUGUACCACAGACGUCCCUCUCCAGACCGCCGUGGCCUGAGCUCCCUGCGUUUGAUGCUGAAGAGGAGGAGAGACGGCAUCGAGCGGUCGUGCAGAAGGUGAACGGUCUGAUUGAGGAGGGAGCGUAUGGACGCUUGUUUGCUGUAGUUCACUUCGCCAGCCGUCAGUGGAAAGUGACCGAUGAAGACCUGAUCCUCAUCGAAAACCACAUUGAUGCGGCGUGUGGCGACAGGAUAAGAAUGGAGAAGGUGCUGUUAGUUGGAGGAAGUGAUUUCACUCUUGUUGGAAAGCCACUUCUCAGCCGUGAUUUAGUACAAGUUCACGCUACGGUCAUUGAGAAGACCGAGUCCUGGCCAAUGGUUCACAUGAGAUUCUGGAAGAGACAUCGAUUUCAAAAAAAGAGAAUCAUUAUUCAGCCGCAGACCGUACUACGGAUCAACACCAUUGAGGUUUCACCAAAGCUGUUUUGACCAGCGGACGACGUGGUGCAUUUGGCAGCAGAAAUAUGCCAUAAGCAAUUUCAUGUUUGAGACCAUGUAAAUAAAGUUUUCAGAUAUGUCUUGAUCA